AUGGACGAAAAUCAAAAAAUCCCAUAGGUCACCGCCUACUCCUACUUCUUCUUCUGGUUCGCCGUCGGCCGUUCUUCUUAAGCGGCCAUGCAUGUGCCGUGGUUCAAGUGAGCAAAAUAAAAACCAUACUCUUCUUUUUGUUCUUGAAUCGGAUCAAUUCGAUUCGUUCCAUUUCUUACGAUUCAUUAUACGAAACCUAUGGUACAUACAAUUUUCGUUCCGAUUGUGGGAUACUAAGCUUCUAGAUUGGUGCUGUCAUAUCCGCAGGGAAGCAGAAAUUGUAAAGAGAAUCAGGGAAGCAGUUAGUUUAUGGCUAAAAUUACAUCCCUUGUGAUCUAUAUUCGCCAGAACUCUCGAUUUGUCAAAAACCUUGGGAUCUACAUUCGGAAUCUCUCGGUGGGAACAAAUGGGGGCAAUAAUGGAUCUGAAGAGAUCAAACUCAGCGAGAAACGGUUUAACCCAGCACACAGCCAAGACGUCACGGAGGUUGCGAAAGAAGUCUGUAAGGUAAUCAGGAGCAAACCCAAAUGGGAGACGACUCUGCUUUCUGAUUACCCUUCUUUCAAUUUCUAUGAUUCUUCCUUUUUCUGCGAGCUUUUAAAGGAGCUAAACAAUGUUUUGCUUUCGUUGAGGUUUUUUCUUUGGUUAAGUUCGCACCCUGAGUUCGUGCCUCAUCCAGUCAGUUGUAACACGCUUUUUGAUGCGCUUUUGGAGGCCAAGGCUUGUGUUGCCGCAAAAUAUUUUCUUCAUUCUUUCAGUUUUAGUCCCGAGCCUGCUUCUUUGGAGGGUUACAUUCGAUGUGUUUGUGAGGGUGGAUUGGUCGAGGAAGCUGUUAAUGUAUUUGAUGUGUUAAAAGAGACUGGAUAUCGUCCAUCCAUUGAAACUUGGAACUUUGCUUUACAAAAUUGUCUCAAGUUUGGGAGGACUGAUCUUCUUUGGAAACUGUAUGAAGAGAUGAGGGAAACUGGUGUGCUCGCGGAUGUGAGCAUUGAGACUGUGGGGUAUCUUAUUCAGGGAUUUUGCAAUGAUGAGAAGGUUUCAAGAGCUUAUGACCUUCUAAGACAGGCUUUAGACGAUGGAUUAGCCCCUUAUAAUGAUACUUUCAACAAAUUGAUAUAUGGGUUAUGUGAGGAGAAUAAUUAUGAUAGAGUAUCCGAAAUUCUUCACACGAUGAUAGCUAAUAACCGUAAUCCUGAUAUUUUUACGUACCAAGAAAUCAUUAACGGGCUCUGCAAGAAAAGGAAGCAGCUGCAGGCUUUUCAGGUUUUUAAUGGCCUCAAGGAUCGGGGAUAUGCUCCCGAUAUGGUCAUGUAUACAACAAUGAUUCAUGGCCUUUGUAAGAUGAGCUGGCUUGGAGAUGCUAGAAAGUUGUGGUUUGAGAUGAUUGAUAAGGGAUAUCUUCCAAACGAGUAUACGUACAAUGCAUUGAUUUAUGGAUUUUGUAGGAUUGGAGAUUUAGAUGAGGCCUUGAAGCUAUACAAGGAAAUGCAUGAUAGAGGCUAUAAAGAAACCACUUUGAGCUGCAACAUAGUGAUUGCAGGUUUGUGUCUACACGGAAGGACAGAUGAAGCAUAUGACUUCUUUCGAGAAAUGCCUAGCAAGGAUGUAGUUCACGAUGUUGUAACAUAUAAUACCCUGAUCCAAGGAUUUUGCAGAGAGGGGAAGAUAUUGCAGAGCACAGACCUAUUCAGGGAGCUUCUAGAGCAAGGGAUGCAUCCUUCGACUUCCUCCUAUACUCAUCUCAUUCAAAGGCUUUGUGAAGUAGGUGACGUGCAAGAAGCAAAGAAAAUGUGGAAUGAUAUGCAUAAUAGAGACCUCAAGCCAAUGGUUUGUACUCGUGAUCAUAUCAUUAGUGGAUUAUGUGAACAAGGAUGUGCAGUGGAGGGGAUGGAGUGGUUGAUAACUAUGUUGAAGAGCAAACUGAAGCCUCAAAAGCAAACUUUUGAUAAGUUGGUUAAGAGUCUCAUUCAAAUAGGUAAAUUAGAUGAUUCUUUAUCAGUCAUAGAUUCAAUGUUUAGAUUGGGUUAUAAACUAGAGGAAGGCACUCUCAAUUAUCUAUUGAAUAAACUAUGCAAAAAUAAGUAUCAGUUUGUUCAAUCACAUUUAGAGGAAAUCAUAAAUUUCAAUUAGUUGGAGAUUGAUUCUCUAGAUACUAAGCAGGUGCCCGUUUAACAUGUUUGUACUGCUGACUAGAAGUGGAGAUUGGAAGCUAUUGAAUUGGCUCAGAAAUACCUGUCCUAUUUUUGUUGAUGGGAUCUAUUCUAUCCCUCAAAUUUUUUUGAAGGUAGAUCCGUCAACAAUUGUAUGCUUUUUUGGGCCAUAAAUUUGCUCUAGUUGUUGAAGAGAUUCAAGUUUCUUCCAGAGGGCAUGGGACAAAUUGAUUAAUCAUGUUUCUCAUUUACUUUUGAGGAACUCAUGGAAGAUGACGACAUGUUAGAAGUGGUCUUCUCGACUCCAAAAGCCAUUCUUGCAUCGACUGAAUGACCUCCUCGAUUCAUCUCGUUAGGCUAUUGACUAUUCUGGGGAAACGAACUCAAAUGGGAUGUGAAUAAUGAGCUCUGGCAGUUACAAUUACAUUCUACUUUUUAUGAGCAAGGUAGGGAAUCUCUUCACAACUUAUAGGAUUUGCUUUGCUUUCAUUCAGGUGCUCAUUAGCUGAAGUUAGAAUUUAAGAUAUACAGCAGAACUUUGAUUGACUGGAAGAGAUGAUAAUUCAUGAACUUAAUUAAAGAUCCAUGCAAUGACCGGAAGUCCAUGACAUUAGCUUGCAACACAGUAUGCUACUUGAGCACAAGAUUCUUGCUUCAACUUGUCUGCCCAAUCUCAGCAAAAAUCGCAGAAUGCAGAUUACUUGUGAUUGCCAUGGGACUGCUAAGCAACUUUAUGCCAUUAUCAGUAGAAGAGGAGAUCUUUGAAGGGAAUCAAAGAAGAUGAGAAGAAAGAAGAGUUUUGAUUUUUUAGCCGAUUAACCUUUCUUUUUGGACAUCAUUAUAGAUACCACUAUGAAAGACUGCACAUCUGCAAAUGUUUGGAUAUGAGACCUCUAUUGGAAAAAGGGGAAGAAUAAUACUCGGAAACUAAUAGCAUCUCUCUACAAAUUUGUACAAAUGGAACCUUUUUUUUUUGGGUAACCGUGUGAGAUUGUUUUCUUUUGGGAAUGAUUUAAGAGUGAAUAUGUAAUGGUAGAAUGUAGGAAACUAAUAGGAUGUUUUUUCUCAAGCUCUGUCCAACAAUUCUCUGUUUAUAAGUGACGUCUGAAUUUGUGGACAUAUUUUCUCCCGUAGUUAUUACAGUUAGCCCACUUAUAUUUU